GUAGGCCCAGGGUCUUCAUCUCUGUCCUGACUUCCAGUCCUUGGAGGGCGUGGAUGUUUGUCGUCACUGAGGAUGGGAAACAGGAGCCUGUGGCUGCUCCCAGCUCUGCUAUUCUCUGUCCCAGGCACACUGAGCCUCACAGGUCCGGAAGCGGUGAGAGGCUGGGAGCGGGGCUCCGUGACCGUGACUUGCAGCUAUGACUCUGGGUGGAAGACCUACAGCAAGUACUGGUGUCGAGGGGCUGACUGGAAUCUCUGCAGGAUCCUUGUUCAAACCUCUAGAUCAGAGCAAGAGGUGAAGAAAGACCGUGUGUCCAUCAGGGACAAUCACAGAGCAAAGACAUUCACUGUGACCAUGAAGGAGCUCAGGCUAAACGAUGCAGACACUUACUGGUGUGGGAUUGAGAGAUUCGGAAGGGACCCUGGACACGAAGUACAAGUGACCAUUGACCCAGGUGUGAGCAUAAAUCCAUCCAUCCCUGAAGAGUCCAGAGGCCCCUCAAAUAUAACCAGUCACCGUUUUAGAAGCAGCUCCCCCCUCCUGAUCCUGAUCUUCCUGAAGGCCCCCCUGUUCCUGAUCAUGCUCAGUGUUGUCCUCUGGGUGAAAAUGUUCCUGAGGGGCCCUGGGAGGAUGCAAAUCCUGCCUGAGCAGGGGAACACACCUGUGCAGUGUAUCAGCCACACAGUGACCUGCCCAGUACCACAGACUCUCAGGCAAGAAGGCAUUCUUAGGCCUCAGACUUUGAGACAGGGAGCAUGAAAAACUGGGACUGCAGAGGACACACAGCCCUAUGCCUGUGCAGAAGUACCAUCUCCAGGACUAAAUUGAACCUGGCCCAGAUUCUUACCUGUUUGGACAUCUCAGCACUCCUAACCUAGGUAGAAACACCAGAAAGUACACUUCGACUGUAGGGUAAUUUUCAAAAGAAAUAAUAAUAAUAAUCCCAUGACUCUUAGAUAAAUGUAAACUUAACACAUACAAAUAUUUUUUAUCUAUUUUAAUUUAUCACUGGUUAGAGACAGAGAGAAAAUGAGAGAGGUAGGGAAAUAGAGAAAGAGAAAUAGAGACACCUGCAGACCUGCUUCACCACUCCUGAAACUUUCCCCCUGCAGGUGGGGACCAGGGGCUGGAACCGGGUCCUUGAGCUCUAUAUAGUAGGUGCACUUAACCAGGUGUGCCACCGCCUGGCCCCCCAUAUACAAAUAUUUUAUUCACUUGGUGAGACAGCCUGCUGUUAUUAUGCCCGCUCAAAAAGUGAAUCCAAAGGAGACUCACUAAUGGGUCAAACGUGCAAGUGGAGACAGAGCUGUAAGAGUUUUUGGACUUUUGGAAUCUACCAUCCAUGGAGUGUUCUAUGUGUCAGCCAAAGGGGUGCCCCCUAGAGGUGAGACAGGGCAUAGCUUUCAUUGAUCCCAUUUGCCCACACACCUACCCUCACUUUACAAUAUCCUCCCUUCCCAAAUCCCCAGAAGUGCAGUCAACACUUCUAUGGGCCCAGGCUACAGCACAGCAGACUUGCAGGCCUGAGGUCCCAGAAGUCCCAGCUUUUUGAUUCCCAAUACUGUCAUAUGCCAGAGCUGUGCAUUACUAUGAUCUCUUACACAUUUUCAACCUCUCUCAUGAAAAUUACCAACAUCUAGCAGCACUUAAAUCAUUUUUUUAAAUAAAGGUCUCCACUCUGCUCUCAGUGUUGCUACCGUCUCAU